GCCUGCCCUCGGAGCGGCAUGAUUUUGGCGACCUCCAUCAACCCGUUCCUCAAUAUGAUGGAAAAGGAUGUUGACCAGAAAGGCAGAGCCGCGACCCGAGUUUGCGCGGGCGACGCGGGAGCCAGUCUGAGAGCGAUAGAACGCUUCGCAGUGUGCGCCAAUGUUUUCGAGGAGGCGGACGCAUGCGCGCGCCUCCAGUUUGGCUUCCCCAAGCGCGUCGGGGCGCCUGCGGUGGAUUAUUCCACGGGCGCGCUGAAAAUGCGCAUUCAGGGAUUCUGCGAUGACUGCCUGCCGCAGUGGGCGAGGUUCAAUAUCGCGCUGAUGGCUCAAUAUUUGGGUGCGCUUCGCGGCCCCGCGAUGGUUGGCCGCGGGUGGCAUGGGCCGGCGGCGAAGUGGCAGCUGCGCGGCAAGGCCGCGGCCCAGGCCCAUGGAGCGCUCGCGCUGGGCAUCCGCGCCUGCGACUUCAGAUGCGCGCCCGCGCUGGAAAAUACUGCGCAGGAAGUCUUUCCAGGUCCGGGCGUGCGACGACGCGCGCGGGGCGCUCUUCAACUCUUCGACGCCCCGCAGAAAGAGUUCAUGCGACCGCGAUCGGGCAAGCGCUGCCAGUUGAAUGUGACUCUUUGCAACGUUCCCGCCUGCGAGCGCGAG